CGUUUGGGAACUGGUGACAGUGCGAACGUUUUUUAGCCAUUUUUCCGUCAAGUUGAACGAAAGAGCCGAAAGCACACAAAUACCGAAAGUGCGGUUCGACUCUGCCAUAUUUUACUAAGCAUCUUCAUACACACAAAUCAAUCACAAAAUCUCGUACGUAAUUUUGAUUAAGUGAAACGCAUCGCAUCAUUGCGCCGGGAAGUUAAAGAAUAAAAAAAGGAUCGAAUGAAAAAUCAAGUGAGAAAAAAAAUAAAGUGAUUUUGCGAGAAAUCAAAUCGGCAAAACAAGUAAACAAGUGUGAAGUCAACGGAAUAGAAAAAAAAGUAGAGUAGAGUACAUUAGCUUCGGCGUGAGCUCUUCAUUCAAUAAAUUGAAUUACCAAUUGAAGUUGUACUUCAAUCGGACCUAUUGUGGUCGAUUUACAAUGGAUUUCGAUGAGUCGUGUUCUCUAUAUGGUGUUCUCACGUUCCAAAUGAAUAAAGAAAAAAUACAAAAUUAAGUGAAGGUGGAAAUAAUCAAAACUUUUGCAAUUUUUUUUUUCGCUGGACGGUUUUUUUUCCUUCUUCUCUUCCACUCGCGCUCGCUCUGUUGCUUUAUUCGAAUGUCGCCUCGUUUGGUAGCGCACAGUGUGAAAAAUGGACUGAAAAUUUAAUUUCGCUUUUUUGUUGUGAGUGAAAGCGAGAGUCUGGUUCUUGCCUGCCAGGCAAGGCCGAAGAACUAAAGUCGGACAAUCGAAGUGACAGUAUGUUUCCAAGGGAAUAAAAAUAAAUGACUGUUUUCGGAACGCAAAACCACCAGCAAAAAUUUCUCUGUUGUAUUUCGCCAACAUCUAAUGUUCCAUCGGACACAAGGCAUAUACACAAAUCGAAUCAAAAAAGCAAUUUCGCGAGCACACAACACAUAUUCGAACAAUUGCUAUUGACUCGGUGCUGGUGCCAGUGGUUGUGGUGAUGCUUUUAUCGGUGUCCUUCUGCAACAGCAGCAGCAUUUGUGUAUGUGCCAGCUAUUGUGAAUUUAUUUUGGCUACAGAAAGUUUAAGUGACUCUUGGACCUGCAAUGGCAUGAGAAAAUUUGCCGUGUGUUUCAACAACAACAACAAAAAAAGAACGAAAAAUUCCCAGUACGAAAACCAGAACAUUGAAACCAAUAGAUAAACACAUUCGAAAAAAAAACCCAACAACAUUUCAAACAAACACCUAAUCACACACCCGAAAAAAGCCGAUAAAAAAAACUAUUGAUUGAAAUGUCAGUUGCAACUGAAUACAUGAGAACAUUUAGUUUGACGAGAAAAUGAAUGAAAAAAUAAACAUUUGCUAAAAAAGUAGACAGUUUUGAUUGGUUAGGGGACUGAGUUGAAAAUACACCAACCGAAAAAUAAAGUCGGCGAAAAAAAAGUAGCGCUGUGGAAAAACCGAGCAAUCGACAAUUGGGAAAAAUAUAAACUGCUUAGUUCAAAUUGAGUGUGGAGCAUCUCAUCAUAAUCAUUAUCGUCAUUGUUGUUGAUAUAUUCAUGGAUCGUAAAAUUGUUCAGAAAAACCUAACAGCGAAAAAACUUUUUACGAAACAAACAAAUUAGGCAACUGGAGAGAGAGACAGAAAAAGCGAAUAAAAAGGUCAAGUAUCGCGCUCAGGCCCAUUCUAUCAUCACUGCUAAGAUAAUUUGAUAGAAAAGGCAUAAAACAUUGUUUGUUUGUGCGUGAGUGAGUGAGUGAGGGUUAUUUUUUUUCUCUGCUCCCAUAGAUGUUGUUGUUAUCGUUUCGAUGUAAACAUUGUGUAUGCCCGAACUGGAUUUUUAUUCUCUUACAUAAAUAAACUGAUGAGUUCAAUUUCGAGUUAGCUCCGACCAUAAGAACAAGAAGUAGAAAACAAAUUGUGAAUUAAAGAACUGAGCAUGGCAAAGUGAAAAAAUAAAUAAAAAACAUUUGCGCAUAAAACGAUCACCAACUACCAAACCGAAUUAUUCGUGUGCUCAUCAUUGUUGUAUGUGGACUGCUUCGACGCAGCGUUUGUUACUUUGGCAUUAAAUUAAAGUAAAAAUCCAUUAAACUUCCUUGUUGUGUGUUUGUGUGCAAAGUGCCAUAUAUUGAAUUGAAUGUACUGAAAGUACAAAGUGCGCGCUCCCCGCACACAAAGCACAUCUCUGUAGCACUCGAUUCUGGUCGCUUGUCCUUUUUGCACUUUCAAUUUACCAAUUUGAACGAACAAACUCUGGCAAAACAAAGGGAAAAACAACAACAACAACGUGCAACGGGAAAAUUCAGAGAAGCAAACGUGGGGUGAGGUAUAGAAAAAAAAAACCACGAACAAAAACAACAAGCCACCAAACGAUGUAAAACAAGUCAAGAGCGUGAGCAUAAAAAAUGCAUCCACAGCAUAUUUGAAAGACACACAUAAAGACGGUCAAAAGAAGUAUCAUAAUGUGGUUGUUUUUAGUUGAAAAAAUGUGUGUACCUAAUUCAUUUGCUCGUUAUUGUUUCCCUCGGUGAGAUAAAGUGUGCGUGGGUUAAGAGUAAGGGAGCGAGUAAGAGAGAGAGAGAGAGAGAGAGAGAGAGAGAGAGAAAGAAAGAGAAAAAGAGUGCCAUACACUCUCUAACUGCUGAUUUCUUCUAUAUAGCUAUGGUGCAUGUGUAGCGAAGAGACAUUGUGUCAUGAUUAUGUUGUGUAUGUGAAUGUGAAUGGUUGAACAGUGCACUUUAAAACUCGAAUCAAUUGAGAAAAAUGAAGCGGGCUCCAUAAGCAAAAGUGAGCGAGUGAGCGACAGAGGCAGCGAAAGUAAUUGCAUUGUAAGGAAGAACAUACUAACUAACGGUAUUCUUCUCUGCCAACAACAACGACUACGACGACGACGUCGACUCGGCUUGUAUUUAACGUUUUGCACUUCAUCACACAUGCAUAUCAUGGUUGCAGUGCGUUACUGAUACAUCUUGUGCACUCCACUUGUCAUGGAUUUUAUAUUGAAACGAGUCGAGCGAAGAAAAAAAAACAGCCAACGUCAGGCAAAAAGGAAACACUUGAAAAAUUAUGUGAAUACAAAAAAGACAUCCACUUUGUAUAGCUGUGAAUAAGUAUACAAAUCCCAACGACAAGUUCCGCGUCUCUCUCACUCCAUUUUUUUCAUUCAUCUCUGAGGAGAAAAGUGCAAAGAAAAAGAAACGAUACGCAGAAAAUACACAAACAACAACAAUUCCGUACGAAGGAAAACAGAAACUGGUUCAGCUUAUAGGACGAAGAAGGACUAGUGCGUAUCGUCAACCGUGUGUACGUUCUUCGGGAUACAAUAUCAGUAUCCGUAUAUCCAUGAGUGCUAAUGACGUGAGAACUUUGGAUUUCCUGGCACACAGCUUUAUUAACUCACACACACACAAACAUACGCCGUGUUCUCGUCUUAAUUUUCCAUUUUGCAUGAACGAAUAAACUUGAACAAUUCAGUAAUUUUAUCGAAAGUAUAACCAUAGAAACCGAUGCUAAGUUGAAUGAAAUACCCUGUGCGAAAAGAAAAACAAAAGAAUCACAAUAAAGUAGCAGGAAAAUUUCAAGAAAAAAAACCGAAAGAAUGGAAAAAUGAACUGAGAAAAUCAACAACGAACAGUGAUUGUUUAUUCAGACGUAAAAAGUGUAGCAAAUUUUUAAGUGAAAUACAAAAUUAUCGGUAACGGCGUAAUAAAAAUCUAUAUACACACACAAGAUAUAUCGCUCGAGACUGAAACAAAAAAAAAACGAAAUCUAUUGUGACAAAUUAAGGUCAUAUUGAACGAUAAUAGAAAACUAGGAUUUCGAUUGAAACGUUUCUGUUUUUGAUUUUCUGCUGUUGUCCAAAAAAAAUCAUCGACAAAAGCAUAGAAGUAGCAUCAACUGAUUCGACUUAUUGAUCCGUUGAAAAUUGAAUUGGAUGCUGGAGCAGAUUGAACGAACAAACGAACGCACAAAGCUGGCCCAUCCAACCAUCAUACCAUACACAUCAAUGCACCAUCUAAUUCAUUGGUGGCCAUAAAAAAAAACGGAACGAGAUAGAAAUUCCCAGAGGGAGUGACUUAAUGCGCAUUAAAGACGUGGGCUUAAUCCAAAUCGAGUUGCAGUGUGUUUCGUUUCUCGCAAUCGAGAGCAAUAAACAAUCGCAAAUAUUAAAUUUGUGAACUCGAAAACAAACCCAGUGAAAUCGAAAACGAGAGGGACGCGACACAACAACAACGAAGAAGAAAAAAAAAACAUCGAGACAAAUAGUUUUUGGUGCAAAAGAAAACCUAAUUCGUUGAGCGUAUAUAAAAAAGCCAUCAAAGUUCGCAAUGAGUGAACCGUCUGUGACAUCAAUGCGCAUCUAAUCAUUUCGGCUUAAUGAACUCGCAACGAAAAACGUUGGAAUUCAAGGAACACCAACCAAAACACGAAUCUUGCACCGACCUUAGAGAGUGAGAGAAGGAAAAAAGGAAGAACUUCCAUAUAAUCAACUGUCAAAACAGAAAAACAAAGAAAAAUACAUGUUUUUGCGAGUGAUUCGUUCGAAGAAGAAAAAAAACGAUGAAUUGAUUCAGUGAUCGAUAUCACAAAAACCAUUGUUUGCUAACAUAAAUUAUAACGUAUGGUUAACGUUUGCGAAGUGUUUCUAGUGCGAAGAAAAUAAAUUGUGCGAACUUCGAAAGAAAGAGACGCGAACAGACUUUGUGCAGGAAAAUAGACAAGUGAGUGGGUGUUGAUGUAUGUGUAGCAAGAAAGAGACGCUAAACGCUCCUACUUGUGGACUCACAGUGUUUCUCUCGUUUGGUGACACAUUAAAACAUCCACCAAAAUGAAUGAUUAGCUAACGACGACCAGUGACACCUCAUUGCAGUGCCAUACACAUUGGACGGAGUUUCUUUUUUUCCCAGUGUUUGUGUCCAGUGUGCGAUUUCUCUCGCAAAAGCUUUUACCAGACGUCCAAACACACUUGAACAAUUUUAAUGAAAUACUUGAACCAUCUCGUCUAGCAAAAACUCCAUUUCAAAAGAAAAAAAGGAAACCAGUGUGUUCGAACAACACGUACACACAGAGAAAUACACACACACACACACACAAAACACGAAUAAAGAACGAACGAAAGCACAGAAAAAAGAAAAACAAAGGCAAAAAAACCUAUAAACAUUCAUCCAAUUGACAUAAACGUGAACGUCUACGGAAAAGUUACGGUGAUGGUAGUGGUGCGCUCUCACUUACGAAACAUCAUCUAUCAUCGAUAAAGCAGCAACGACACAGCUAAUAAAUACACCAAACGAACCGAGUAGUUUGUAACAUAUGGAAUGGACGAAAAUCAUUUGCUAGUCCUAUUUCGUUGGAGACCUAGUUCGAAUUGAAGCGACAACGAACGAGAAACACUUGGCUUUUCGAAACACACAAUAUCAUCAUCAUCAUCAUCGACGACGACGACGACAUCGCAGUAGAAGUAUUUGUUGUUGUUGGUUUCUUCAUCAUUGUUGGCCAGAGUCACGAAACUAGUCUCACAUCGCAGCAGCUUCAUCCCUAUCUUCACACACCACUGCAACUUGAUGAUGAAAUACAGCACAAAAAUAUGCAGACAUAUCAAAUAAUUGUUUUAUUACUGUUCGUGGCAUCACAAGCGACCAGUGAUGAUUGGACGUUUAGCUGUCCAACGAAUUGUACAUGCAAGUGGUCCAAUGGCAAAAAAUCGGUGAUUUGUAAUGCGCUCAAGUUGACGGCGAUACCAACAACUCUGAGCACGGAAGUUCAAGUGCUUGUACUCAACGAAAAUCACAUUGAGCAGUUGAAUCGCGAGGAAUUCACAACACUGGGACUGGUUAAUUUGCAGCGAAUUUAUUUGAAAAAAUCGGGUGUCGCGUCCGUGCAUCGUGAUGCAUUCAAAAACUUGAAAAUUCUCGUUGAAAUCGAUUUGAGCGAGAAUUCGAUUGAAACGCUCGACAAAAACACAUUCAAUGGCAAUGAUCGAUUACGGAUAUUGUAUUUGAAUGGGAAUCCAUUAAAAAUGUUGAUGGCAUAUCAAUUUCCGGUAUUGCCACAUUUGCGCAGCUUAGAUUUACAUAAUUGUCAAAUUAACAGCAUUGAUCCGUUGGCAUUUGCGAAUUUAGAGCUUUUAGAAUUACUAAAUUUAAAAAAUAAUUUACUGGAGAAUUUAGCGGAGCCAGUGUUUCAGUAUAUGCGAAAUUUGAAAACGCUGCAGCUGGAGGGAAAUCCAUGGCGAUGCGAUUGUCAUUUACGACACUUUCGAAAUUGGUAUGUGCAAAACCAUGAGAAGAGCGCCAGUUUACAAUGCACCAAUCCGAUGGCAUUGCGAACGAAGCAAUGGUCGAGCAUCGAUGAAACGCUAUUUGGAUGCCAGCCAACCGUUGAUGUGUACAGCGAGGAUAUAUUCAAUGUUGAUAUUGGUAGCAAUGUGACGCUGAGCUGCUUGAUUUACGGCGAUCCAUUACCGACCGUUGCAUGGGAAUUGAAUGGCCGAGAUAUUGUAAACGAUAACGUACUGACUGAAGAUGAAACAAUCGGCAAUAAAUUAUGGCGCAAUAUUACAAUAUUGAAUAUCACAAAUUAUGAUGCUGGUAUUUAUGUGUGCGCUGCCCGGAAUGAUAUCGGUUCAGCGAGCCGAAACAUCAGCAUUUACCUAACGGAAAUUGUGCAGCAUGUCAUCGAAAAGGGGCCCGAAACAUUCUGGUACUUUGGCCUCAUACUUGGCACAUUUGGCACGGUCUUCUGUUUGAUCACCAUUUCGUUCCUGGUGUGUCUGUGCAAGAAGACGACGCGACGACGGCGCAGCAUUAAAAACAUCAAGGGCAGCGUUAGCUUCAACGAUCAAGAAAAGAAGCUACUCGACCUCAGUAUCACUACCAACGAUCGGCAGGAUAGCGGCGAAGUGGCCAACACACCAUCGGCGGCAAAAAAUGAACCAGUCAUAGCUUUAGAACCAGUACAAAUUACCAUUGAGAAUUUGUCGCGAAACGAAGAGUUUCCGAUGAAUGUGGGCGUUUUUACACCGCCGCCCGAAUUCUGUUCCAACGUAUCGAACCCUGCUUAUGGAAAUAUAUUCAUAUCUGUGGCGCUCACCCAAGACGUUAUCGACAAUCCCGAGCAAAUGUAUCCAGACCUAUUGAACAUACCGAAUUCAAUACCGAAUCGCGUAAUUGGCAAAUUGUUCCCAAUUAAUGUGUCAUCGUAUGCAACGCUGCCGCGCAAUCGACACCAGCGCACCGGCAGUCUGGGCAGCAGCAGUAACAGCGGAAGCACGUGCAGUGCGACCGGCGGUCGAAGUCAUCAGCACACAUCGACAGCGGAUAGUAAAAAUACACGCCUUCAAAAUGUAAUAAAUUAUCAGAACUUAGACACAAGCACGCAUCUCAGCGACAACGGUUCGAUAAGCCUGUGCACGAGUUGCCUGAAAAAACAGGACAACGGCAAACCGGUCGUCUAUUCAAAAUACGAUAACAUGGGACGACGAAUAACGGCAAGCGGUAACUCUAUACUAUCCAUACCCGAUGAAGAAAAAGAAAGUGCCAUCGACAGUGUGAGCAUCUCGGGCGAUAUGAGCACUGUUUCGGCGAGCUGCGUGAAUGUUGUCGACGGUGCGAGCACAUCCAGAGCGGCAAUUAUUUCGGGUUCGGUCGCACUAAAUACGGGCUGCUCAAAUAAAAGUAUGGGCAAUGCCAGCACCUCGGCUGCCGUUGUCAACCAAAAUGCGAACAGCAUCAACUUGAAGAGCAAUAGCAAAUUAAGUGAUAGAGAUAGUAGAGUGGCAGAUGACAAAAUGAGAGAUGCACAAGGCACAUUGUUAUUGCCAACUGGUUGCGAUUAUGUUUCGCUGUAGCAUAUCUAAGCGGGGAACCGGUUCAUCGGAGGAGCUGCUCAUAAGUAUGCCGUCAUUAGAACUAUCUAAAUACUAAACAAAUAGGAAUGAUGCCAAAGGCGUGUACACAUUUCCAAAUCUUCUGUCUCCAUCUUUCUAGCGAUUGUCAUCUGUGUGACCCGAAUUAAAGGACGACAACGGUGAUCAUCAUUGCUGCAUAUGAGGUAUACAUAUUUUAAUCGAAUAAUUUCUCGUUUAAGAUCGAACAAAAAAGUACAAGUGAUUCGUACACACACGACACGAAAAAAGAAACUUGAUAAUGGGCUGAACAAUGAUAUUUUCAAUGGUGACGAUAAAAUGCGGAGAUCUGCAUCAAUUUUUUUUCUUCUUCUUCUACUUUAAUGAUUGGAUGAGUGACGUUGUCCAUGUGAUAUCUUUGUUCGCCCAUAAGGUCCCUUAUAAAUUUCAAAAUGUCCAAUUAUUACAUUCGAUUCACGCCAUUUUACGAUUUAAUACAGCAUUCUCAUUCUUCCCUAAUUGUUUGCCUGAAAUCAUCUUUUCGAUCGAACCAUUUGGUCAACUUUUGAUUAAAGAAAAAUUAAAUGCUUCAAAUGUGAGAAAAGACAUGAAAAAAAAAAUUAAUAGAAAGAAAAAAACUCUGACAUCUGAACAACAAGCGUAAAAAUCACUCGAAUGAACAAGCGCAAAUUGAACUACAUUCACUGAUUAAGCAUUAAGGAUUAUUUAUUAAAUAAAAA